UUUAUUGUGCCGCGUUUCUCAAAAGCUGAAGGGGACUGGACCCAGCCCACUGCGAAGCUGAGAUGCGAAAAGCAUUGCUGGAACAGACAGAGACUCCCGAAGAAAGAACUGGGACUCUGCCAGGAGGAGCCGUGACCCUCAGGCUGAAAGGCGGGGGCGGCCUGGGUUACCCACCGGGAAGGGAAGGACUCAGAGAAAGAUAGCGGGAGAAGCGGAAUGUAGGCCCGAGCAUUGCUGGGCCGCAGCUCUUAGGUGUGCUGAACUGAACAAUAUGUAACAAGUGUGCAUAGUUUCUGGGUUGUGCUACACCGUUCACAGCUCAGAUCCCUUUGGUUCAACCGCCUGGUCUUAGCGGGGUUUUAGCGGGCGGCGCGGUUUCUCCAGCCUGCGUCCAUGAGAGCUGCCAGAUCAGGCUAACCCGCACGGGAUUGGCCCCUCGCAGGAAUCGGGAUCGGCGUUCUGGAUCAGCUUGUCAAAAUGGACGCGGCGCAGCCUGCCCCCAGAGUUGGGCCCCUAUCGGGCCCGAGCUACGCAGACUGCCCUGUGUGUCUGUCCGCGUUCGAGGAGCGCGGGUGGAGGCGCGGCAAGCUCCUGCCGUGCGAGCACGCCUUCUGCAGUGUGUGCCUGAACAUCCUGCUCUGCGUGGCGGGAGGGGCGUCAGGCCAGAGAGGCAAGGCGGGCGUCCCGGGGGUGUGCUGCCCCCUCUGUCGCAGAUUUACCCCCAUCCCCGGGGGCAUUAUAGCCCUGCUGCCCGACUACCGCCCCCCUGCGGGAGACAGCGAGGAAGACCGCGGGGCGGAGCGGGCGGCGGGGGCGGAGGAGAGCGAAACGGGAGCCGAGGAGCAGGCCGUCGCGGAGGGAACGCUGGCGAUGCGGGCCGCGACCUGGGCCGAGCAGGACGGCGAGCCCGCCCCCGGGGACGUGGCGGCCCGGAGGCUUCUGGCGCUCUUCGCCCUCCUCCUUCUCAUCCUGCUGUCCCUCCUCCCCCUCCAGCACUCCCCGCUGAUGCUGGCCCUCGUCGGUGUCACCGCCGUGCUGGUCGUUGUGGCCGCUGUAAGCGUUUGCCAUGUCCAUAGGUGCGCAGAGCACUCCGAGAAAUGCUGAGGUCGACGAGCCUGCAGCGAAGCUCACGUUUCAGUUACCACAAUCUUGCCCUGGCCUCUGCACAAACCUGAACAGUGACCGGAGUGUAAGAGUGUAAUAACUGACGAAGGCACGCAGUGGAUACAUUUUUAGAUUUCUACGGUGUGUAACCUUUAAAGGAAAAGACAUCCUCUGUCCCAGGUUUGAACCUGCAAGCAGCUGCAGUAUCAUAAACACUUUCACACAGCGCUGGGCUUCACCGCUACCUGUCAUUAUGCAUCGUGCUGCACGCCGUUACCGGGCACGCACUGUUAUGACGCCAGAUUACUCGACAUUUAUUUGUGCACCGAAUCGGCUAAACACGUCGUUUAUCAUGUGUGGCCGUCUAAUCGCUGUUGUGCUGUCCGUGUUGCUAGUCAUGUGAUUUUCUUACUUGUGUGCGAUUGCUAUGUUUCUCUCACCAUCUGUAUUUUAUCUGCUACCAGAUGGUUCCACAUUAAAACGGUUUACAAGACGUUUUUACGAUAAAGUCUAAUUGAUUACUUGUGUACGAUGCCUGUCUGUGUUUUCCAGUGCGCGCGAGCUGCGCGCGCGACCAGCACCACCAGCCGGACCAGAGGGACAUACUCGUGAGUUUGUCUUUCUUGUUUUCACAUCUGUGUUCUAUUUUCGUUUGACGUCGACUUUGGAAAGGCUCACAAUCUAGCCCCC